AGGGCUGCCGGGCCUCUCAGACCCGCAUGAUCCUGCCGGGUCUCCGGGCUAACCUUUCAUUUAGCACUUCCUACCUCUACUGCUGGCAGUCUUUAAUUGGAUUUUCUUCAGCUAGCGGAGCCGGGGGCCAGCUGGAAAGAUGACUUCAGAAAGGACAAAGGUCCGGAAGUUUGGGGACCUUAGCGGCUUGGGCUUCCCGAUCACCCCAGUUAAUUUUGGAAUGGAGCCUGAGGUUCCACUGGGAUGUCAUGGGCUCUAACAUCUCACAGUCUCAAAUUAGUGCUUGGUGCAUAAUAUUUCAAGGGAUUCCAGCACCCUGCUGGGUAAAUAGAGGUGAGGGAGGGGGCGGGGGGAAGCUUUUGGAAGGCUGAAGAUUCUCCAAAGCCCAAUCCUCUGCCCAAGUGUUCAGCUUUGAGUCUGGUUGAUCGUAACAUCCCCGUUAUCUACACCCAGGCCUCCCAACACUGCAUUCCUAUGUAGAUCCCGCCAGCCAUUUCCCAGUACUCAGCCAAACCCCACUCCCCCACCCCCCACAAACCCCACGGUUCUCUCGAGCUGCAAAUACACGGAGUCGAGAGCCCGUGACUCAGAGAGGACUCAUCAAGCUCAAUCGGGACCUUACCCCGUCCUGGGGGGAGCGUGUCACUGUCCUGGGAAGCACGCUCCAAGACCGGUCGCCAGGUGCCCCUAAGAGACCCGCAGCUACCUGCGCCUAGGAUGGUGGCUCUGGACUUUUGAGAAGCUCAAAACUUUUAGCGCCAGUCUGAGCACAUGGGAGGGGAAAAUCCCAAUCCCAGCAACCCUCGCGAGGCUCCUGGCACAAAGCUGGACAGUCGCCAUGACAAGUAAGGGCAAGUAAUUUGCCUGCUGGCGGACGGAAGGAGUUGGGGAGGAGGAUGCGGAGUCAGGAUUUGGGUUGUAUUGGUGCUGUAGCUCUGACAUUUUGGAGAGGAAAAGUAAUACACGCCAGAACUGUGAGGGCAGAAUUAGUGGAAACCAUUUUGCAGGGCUCCGCUACUGUGUCAAGUAUAAAGGGUGGAAGGAAGAAAACUGUUGCAUUUGCCAUUCUCUCAGCCUGAAACACUGCUUUCAGAUAUAACUGGAUAGUUUCUUGUCAUCAGCUAAAAUGUAACCUUUUAUCCUUAAUAUCUCAAUGUACUGUGUUCCCCUGGAGACUUUAUAUCACACAGUCUUUAAUUUCCUUCAUAGCCCUUAUCACUGAGAAGAUUCAUUUGUUCAUUGCCUAUAAGGUAGAUAAUUUGUUCACUAUCUUAUUCAUUGCUAUAUUCUCCGAUGCCUAACAGUGCUCGGUAGGAAGUAAGAGCUUGAUAAUAUUUAUCAAAUGAAUGAAAAAGGUCUGAGGACUUGGGCAAAUGAAAUGCAGAACCUGAAUCAAGCGCUCUCUUCAGGCGAGGGAGGGUAGGUGCUUUAAGAAUUACCGCGGGAGACGGUGGGCGGAGCUCCGGCACUUCUAGCCAAGGCGGAGCGUUCAGACUACAACUCCCAGCAGCUACUAAGAGCCCUCAGGCUCAAUGCGUAAGCUGAAUGCUACCGGUACUUCCCGCCCCUCUGUGGGUUGCCCGCGAAAUCUGAUCCGAGAUGCAGAGGUCCAAUCGCACAGCGGCCCAAGUCCCGCGAGAACAAGUGGCGCUGAGCGGCCCACGGUGCUCAGCAGAGUUGUUCUUGCACUAUUGGUGUUCUCUUAUUCUCGCCGGCUGGGGGGUCUUCUGUCUACCCCCACCCCCCCGGAAGAGGAAGGAAGGCACUGGUGGAUUUCCCCACUUCUGGUCCCUGAGAACUUUGAAGUUGUUCCGGCAGUCCUGUGCGUCGGCCGCUUGUAGCCAGCAGAGUUGCCCGACUGAGGCCAAUGUCUGCCGCGCUUCCUCUGCAGCAUGAAGACGUCGGACGAGCAACUCUUAGCUCCCGACAGCCUUCCUUUAGACCAGGCCCCAGUACCAGCCCGUCUCUCUCCCCACGCUUCUCCGAUGGAUAAAAAUACAGACCCUGAAUUUGUACCACUGCUACCUGGUGGGGAUGAUCCGCCCCAGAUGUCCCCAGAUCCCGUGACUGGCUCUGCUGUGUCCCAGGAACUGGGGGAGGAGGACCCAGCGUCUUUCUCCACUCCCUUAGAAACAGAGUUUGACACUCCUCUCGAGUUAAGUCCUCAAAUCAAGGAGAAAGAGCUUGACGAAAAUGCAAGCUCUCUUACAGAAAAAACGAGCGUUCCGGAGUUGGGGUCUGGAGAAGCCACAGAAGUCAUGUCUGAGGAAACCGCUCUAGAAGAUGAAGGAGACACCCCUUGGAACUACAGCUUCUCCUGGCUUCCUCGAUUUCUCAGUGGUUCCUGGUCAGAGUUCAGCGUCCAACCUGAGAACUUCUUGAAAGGCUGUAAGUGGGCCCCUGAUGGUUCCUGCAUCUUGACCAAUAGUGCUGAUAACAUCCUGCGGAUUUAUAACCUGCCCCCAGAGCUGUAUAAUGAGGGAGAGCAAGUGGAAUACACAGAAAUGGCCCCUGUCCUUCGAAUGAUGGAGGGUGAUACUAUAUAUGAUUACUGCUGGUAUUCGCUGAUGUCCUCAACCCAACCAGACACCUCCUAUGUCCAUGUCUCUCUCAGCGUGGCCAGCAGCAGCCGGGAGAACCCAAUUCACAUCUGGGAUGCAUUCACUGGAGAGCUCCGGGCUUCCUUCCGUGCCUACAACCACCUGGAUGAGCUGACGGCAGCCCACUCGCUCUGCUUCUCCCCGGAUGGCUCUCAACUCUUCUGUGGCUUCAACCGGACUGUGCGUGUCUUCUCCACAUCCCGACCUGGCCGAGACUGUGAAGUGCGAGCUACAUUUGCAAAAAAGCAAGGUCAGAGUGGCAUCAUCUCCUGCAUAGCCUUCAGCCCAGCCCAGCCCCUCUAUGCCUGUGGCUCCUAUGGCCGCUCCUUGGGCCUGUAUGCCUGGGAUGAUGGCUCCCCUCUUGCCUUGCUCAGAGGACAUCAAGGGGGCAUCACCCACCUCUGCUUUCACUCUGAUGGCAAUCGCUUCUUCUCAGGAGCCCGCAAGGAUGCUGAGCUCCUCUGCUGGGAUCUCCGCCAGCCUGGUCACCCGCUUUGGUCUCUGAGUCGAGAGGUAACCACCAAUCAGCGCAUCUACUUUGAUCUGGACCCGAGCGGGCAGUUCCUAGCAAGUGGCAGCACCAGCGGGGUUGUCUCUGUGUGGGACAUCAGUGGGACUGGCAAGGAUGGGAAGCCAGAGCCUGUGCUGAGUUUUCUGCCCCAGAAAGACUGCACCAAUGGAGUGAGCCUGCACCCUAGCCUGCCUCUGCUGGCCACUGCCUCUGGUCAGCGUGUGUUUCCAGAGCCCACCGACAGUGGGGAUGAAGGGGAACAGGAGCCAGACCUACCCCUGCUCUCCUUUCGACACGUCCACCUGGAAUAUCGGCUUCAGCUCUGGUGGUGUGGAGGUGGUUCAGACCCCAGUGUCCCUGAUGAUCACCAGGAGGAAAAGGGACAAGAAGGGACUGAGGGAGGUGGGGGUGAGCUUAUAUAAAAA